GCACACACCCUCAACCUCAAAUCAAAGCAAGACGGUUUAUAUCAGUUACCUGACAUUUAGAGUUUUAGAUUUUCUUCCUGACAACAUCAGCAUCCUUGGAUUUUUAACAGCUGAACUUCGAAGUGGAUGACGAGAAAAUGAGUGCAGUGACUGAGUCGCUCUGCUGUACUCUGCUGCUUUUUGUCUGUGUGUUUGCAGACCAGAAAAACAUCACAGCUGAGUCUGGACAGGACGUCACUCUGACAUGUCGAGCUUCAAACAUCAGCAUAAUUGUAGUUGUAGAGUGGAGCAGAGCUGAUCUGCUGGAGACAGAAUAUGCCCUUUUGUACCGGGAUGGGGUGUCUGUUCCAGAUCACCAGCAUCCAUCUUUUAAGAACCGGGUGGAUCUGCAGGACAGACAGAUGAAGGAUGGAGACGUGUCUUUGAUUUUGAAGAAUGUGACGAUUAAUGACACUGGAACAUACGAGUGUCGUGUCGCCAUGAGAAGAUCUUAUCUGAAGACUGACCCCAUCUGCAGCAUCUACCUGAGAGUUGUUGAUCCUCCAGGUCAGACAGGAGGAGGGACAAAGGAUGGAUCUGACGGACUGAAAGUUGGUCUGCCACUUUUAGGUGUGCUACUUAUUGCUGCUGCUGUUGUUGUUUUUUGAUAAAGAACAAGAUCGGGAUUCAUACCAAUCUGGACAUCUGGUAGAAGACAAUGAGCUGUAGACUUUAAACCUAAAAUUUGUUACAUCGCUGUCAAACCUCCUGUUUUGUUGUGUUUUUCAGUGGCUCUGAACUUUAGUGUGUGUUUUGAGCUUUGUUUUGUUUCAAGCUGCUUCUCUGUCAUAAUGCUGUUCUAUGGUAGGCUUCAGUAGCCAAAUGUGUUUUAGCUUUAACUCAGCUGAGAUUCUUUGAAUCUACCACUGUCUGUGCUUUGCUCUGGUUUUACUAUUUCCAGAAUGACUUUCUCCUGACCCCAACUGGUCGCAUCAGAUGACUGUGCCUCUCUGGUUCUGCUAGAGCAGGGGUGGGCAAUUCCAGGCCUCGAGGGUCGGUGUCCUGCAGGUUUUAGAUCUCACCCUGGGUCAACACACCUGAAUCACAUGAUUAGUUCGUUACCAGGCCUCUGGA